UAAGCCCUUCGUGGUUUUGCCUCCAAUAAGAUGAACCCUCACCCGUAACUGUCUACGAUAGACUUUGCACCAUACCUUUAAUCCUUUCACUAUUUAAGAUGACUUAUAUGUUUAUCAGAUUCUAACACCAUAAAAAAAAAAUAAAAAUGAAGUACCCAAGUCCAUAUUUGACUGUUGUUGUAAUUGGCCUUUUAUUUUCAUUAGCAUCUUCUGCAUCUCAUACUCAUGAUCAUGAACACUUCCUUCAUUGUCUUCAACUUCAGAACUCCACCUCAAUCUCUGAGGUUGUUUACACACCUUCCAAUUCCUCUUACUCCCCUAUACUGCAGUUUUCCAUUCAAAACCGUAGAUUCUUAUCCAAAACAACUCCCAAACCCCUUGUCAUUGUGACUCCCCUCCAUGCUUCCCAUGUUCAAGCCACCAUAAUCUGUUCCCAACUCCAUGGCUUGCAGAUUCGAACUCGAAGCGGUGGCCACGACUUUGAGGGAGUCUCCUAUAUUUCUCAAGUUCCUUUUGUUAUGAUUGAUCUCAUAAACUACAGAAAUAUUGAAGUGGAUGCAGAAACAAGAACUGCAUGGGUUCAAGCUGGGGCAACUAUAGGUGAACUUUACUAUAGCAUCAGCAAGAAAAGCAAAACUCUGGCUUUUCCAGCAGGUGUAUGCCCUUCUGUUGGAGUUGGAGGGCACUUCAGUGGUGGUGGCUAUGGAUACUUGAUGCGUAAAUAUGGCCUUGCUGCUGAUAAUAUAAUGGAUGCUCACAUGGUUGAUGUGAAGGGUAGGUUUCUUGACAGAGAAGCAAUGGGCGAAGAUCUUUUCUGGGCCAUUAGAGGUGGUGGUGGAGCAAGCUUUGGAGUCAUCCUAGCAUGGAAGGUCAAACUAGUUCCAGUUCCACCAACUGUGACAGUUUUCAGAGUUGAAAGGACUUUGGAGCAAAAUGCAACUAUGCUCAUUAUGAAGUGGCAGAAUGUGGCAAGUAUGCUUCAUGAGGACCUAGCCAUCAGGCUCGAAUUAACGACAAAAGCCAAAUUUGAAGCCCUGUUUCUUGGUGGUAAGGAUAAACUCAUUCCAUUGAUGCAAGAACGCUUCCCUGAAUUGGGUUUGGUCAAGGAAGACUGUACUGAGAUGAGUUGGAUAGAGUCAACGGUUUACAUGAUUGGAUCAAGUAGUAAAUCCCUUCAAGUUUUGCUGCAAAGAACUCCAAGCCUGCCACAAAGUUACAAAGGGAAAUCCGACUUUCUGAAACACCCCAUUCCUGAAAGUGGUUUAGAAGGAAUAUGGCAACUAUUUAAGGAGAACGGGGACAAAUUUGCACUCAUGGAACUAUUUCCUUAUGGGGGCAUAAUGGAUCAGAUUCCUCAGUCCAAACUUCCUUUUCCACAUAGAUCCGGAAACUUGUGCCUUGUUGGUUACCUAGAUUCUUGGGACCAACAACGAAGAGAUGAGGUAGCACAAAAACAAAUCAAGUGGAUUACAAGGAUUUAUAGUUAUAUGGAACCUUUUGCAUCAAAUUCUCCUAGAGCUGCAUAUCUCAACUAUAGAGACCUCGACAUUGGGGUAAAUAACAUUGGCUACACAAGCUAUGAGCAAGCUAGCCUUUGGGGUCUCAAGUACUUCAAAAACAACUUCAAUAGGUUGGCAAAUGUGAAGACCAAGGUUGAUCCUCUUAACUUCUUCAGAUGAAGUUUUGCAGCUGUGAAAACCGGGUGGCUGAAAAGUUUGGGAUGAAGAAAUGCAGGAUAAUAGCUACUUGGAUGAAUUCAUGGAAGGUACUCAUUCCUUUUACAAAAACAAAAGGAACAAGGCAAAAAGUAACACUCAAGUACCCGAAGACAACUAAAGGAUAAAAACAUUUCAGCUGAAUAACAGUCCCAACUCCCAUAUUAACAUCGUUAGAUUAUUUAUUUGUUCGUUGCCUUUCUCUUUUGCUACCAUUUGGGAUUGGCCCAUUGUGAUUCUUGAUGCAAGAAAGCUUCCUAGAAUUGGGUUUGAUCAAGGAAGAUUGUAUUGAGAUGAAGUGGAUAGAGUCAUGCUUUACAUGGUUGGAUCAAGUGAUCAAUCCUUUCAAGUUUUGCUUCAAAGUGCAAAGAACUAACUUCACCACAAACAAAGGGAAAUCUGACUAUCUGAAACAUGCAUGCCAUUCCUGAAAGUGCUUUAGAAGGAAUAUGGCUACUGUUUAAGGACUGGGACAAAUUUGCAUUUGAUUAAAUCUUCAAUAUUAGACCACAAUGUUACAUUUGAUUCAGAAAGCUGGAAGGUGGCAUUCAAGGAACUUACAAAAUACAUGAUCUUAUCAUAUAAUCAUAUAAGAAAUAAGGCAAACUAAAACUAUACUAUCCACUGAAAAUGAUAUGAAUUUGGAAGGCAAAUCUUGAAAUCUACAUAUUACUUAUAACAUGGAAACAGAAGAAUAUCAUUGAACAAAACAACAAAGCUGAAUAGGUCAUACAAGAUGAUUGCCUCAGUUAGUGGGAGGAUCAUUAUGAAGAAAUUCUUGAAUGGUUGAAGGGAACUCCAAUCCUCCAAAAGCACCAUCAGAACCCUCAGAAACAAAAGCAGCUUUCCCUAAAAGUAAAUGAGCAAGUCUCAAAGGCUCUAACUUGUCUUGCCCACCACCACUGAGGAAGUGUUUGAUCCAACCAUCUAACCGCUUCACCUCCCUGCGACACUUGGGCCCCACCACUCCAACGAUCUUUGAAUGAAACCCACCUUCACAGUGGCAAGAAUCCCCAUCUUCUUCAACGAUCUUUGAAUGAAACCCACCUUCAUCAUCCCGUUGUUCCUUCUCCGAUAAGCCCAAGAGCUGCAUUAGCCUCUCAAUGUCAUCAUCAUCAGUCACUGCAGUUUCAUCACGUUGAGUAGCAUUGUUUACAGUUCCAUCACUACAUGGAAGAGUAGCUGUGAAUCCUUGAGGAAUAGAGAGGAACGCAAGAGGAGGUUCACUGCUAUCUUGGGGAACAACACCAUAGCCAUGAGCGCUGCCAAGGAACAUGGCUGAACAACUAGAAACAGAGUCGCUUCCUUGUGUCUCUUGAGAUUGAGAUUCUACUGGUGCUGUAUGCUCUAAUUUUAGUCUCUUUUCAACCUGAAAGCACCCAAAUUCAGAUUACAGGCCAGCCCUAGAAAUCUAGAAUUACGUAUAUGGAUUUGUUCGAAAUUCGAUUACAUUGUAGACAAUACCUGCUUUAGAGACGAAAAGAAUUUGGAAUGCGACUUCGAUAAUGCUCGCGAAUUCUCCAUCUUUUUUUUCCCUCUAUCGUAUUAAUCGCUUUUUAGUGGCGCUACUGUAUAUCCAGAUAUCCUCACUCUCUCUUAUCAAAUAUUAUACACGAAAUAUUAAUUAAUUAAUUUCUUAUCAGUUUCCAUUUAGUAUCAUUUAUCAAUGCUCAUGAAAAGGCGGGACUAGAAGAGAGAAUAUAAAUCAUGAUCGCAGAAACAAUGAGGCAGUUAAGAAAAAAAGAUGUAAUUAACAUUCAGUGAGACCAAAUAGGUACACGAUUCACAUCAUACUAAUUCACAUUCUCAAAAUCCCAAAUCCCAACCCCACAGCUGAUUUCUCAUUUUUUUUUCCCUUUAAGGUUUUUUUUUUUUUUUGUUCAAAACCCAAGAGCUAAACGCAGCGUUCACUUUCCGGGGACAAAGUUGGUGGCAUAGGCCCAGGCGUUGUUGUUGACUGGGUCAGCAAGGUGGUCAGCGAGGUUCUCCAAUGGGCCCUUUCCAGUGACAAUAGCCUGAACAAAGAAUCCAAACAUCGAGAA